AUGAACGAAACGGAAAUUGCGGCUGCGGUGGCAGCCAUGGAGCUGGAGGACGAGAUGCUCCAGCCCGAGUGGGCCUAUCUGAUCCUUUCGAUCGUUCCCCUCGUGUGCAUCUUGGGUAAUCUCAUGGUCGUUGCUGCAGUUUGGACAACGAGAAGCCUACAAACUCCGACAAACCAUCUUCUGGUCUCUUUGGCCAUGGCUGAUUUGAUAGUCGGAGCAUUUGUGAUGCCAUUCAGCAUAUAUCUUUCUGUAGGUUCAAUUCACAUUUCUAAAUGCAUUUCAUUUCACUGUUUAGGUCAACAGACUUCACUGGCACCUUCCUCUGUUUGUCUGCUACUUUUACUGCGUUUUGGAUGUUGCCGCGAGCACCUCGUCAAUAAUUCAUCUCGUUUUGAUCAGUAUUGACAGGUAUACACGCGUAAGCGGCUCGAAGUGCAACAUUUGAAGUCCAGAUUGGUGGCUGCUACGAAACCUGCCGAGUACAAAACGAUGAAACACAAAAAAAGGGUGUACUUGGCAAUCGCAAUCACUUGGAUCUUCAGCAUAGCUCUUUCUUUGCCAUUGGGAACUGGAUUCAACACACGUACCAGUUACUUUUUGGUCAUUGAGCAUCAUUGUGGAAUAUACAAUCCGAUCUACAUGCUCGGAAGCAGCAUUUUCGCUUUCUACCUCCCGUGUCUCAUCAUGAUCUUCACUUACGGUUACAUUUUCUACACUCUUAGGAAACGGCUUAGAGCUAUUCAGCUUCAGGUUGCUUCUGCCCUAGUUAGUUCAAAAAUAAUUUUGGAAUGUUCAGGAAAUGGCUGGAGGACAGUUCCUUGGUUUCGGAGCUGACGUCGGAAACAUCACAACAUCGGCAAUUCAAUCGGUUAUUGGAAUAGCACCCAAGAACAGGAACAUGAUCACUUGGGAAAAGCCACUUCUGAAAAAGAUUGAGGAGACCGCUGCGGAGCACGCUAGUUCGCUCAACGAUAGUGAACGAGAGCAGGUGAGUAGAUUCGUGGUGAGAAAUUUACACUUCGUCUCGGAUUUUCUCACUGUUCCAAUGAAAAAUUCAAAGGCUCAAAGCGUCUUCUCGCUUCAGCCGUGGACGUUUUGCGCGGAAUAGAGAAUUGCCCGUUUUAUAGUUCUCGGAAAAGAUGAAUGUGAUAUUAGUCUGACGGGCGGAGAGAGCUCCAGAAGAGGAUACAAUAUGAGUCACCAAAUUGGUGCGAGAUGAAGUGGUGUUGAGCAAAGAACGUGUUUGUGUACCCGCCUAUGUGUGUUGGUUUUAGCUUCAAACGAUCCUUGAAGCUGUUCAUCCGUCGUCUUCAGGCAGUCAGGAAAACACAACAAUCGAGGUGGGAGACUUGUUGCUCAAGUUUGCUCUUUCAAGUGUUUUCCAUUUGUAGGAAGAUCCCGACCGACCACCUUCUGUCCUGCUUGAAGCUGUUACUUUGAAAUGCGAGAUCGACACCAGUGGACCCAUUCUUGAACUUCCUCGGCCGACAUACACAAAAAAGUGAGUGGGGUCAGAGGCUUGUCCGCGCGUCCGAAAAGAGAGAAAAAAUAAUUCUAAACGAGAUUUCCAUUGCAGCAUGUCCCGCAGAUUCUCUGAUGCAGUCAAUUCAAUUUCGAGUCGCGGUAGAAUGAAGUCGGUGUCUUUUGGAACUUCAUCUCGAAAAAGGCGGCAUUCACAUCAGCCGCAGGGAAAUCGGGAAGUCGUCACGUCCGAAGAGUCCAAAAAGUUGCACUCUCUGAAGCCACCGCUGGUAAGCCGGCAAAAAAGAAAGAAAAGAGGAAAAAGGCAGAUGCGAGGGGUCAAAGGAAUUUUUGAAAAUGACAAGGCUUUUGGGCUCAGAGACCAUUUCUGAAAGGAGAAGUAAAAAGGAAGUGGGGGACUGAUUAAAGAAGCGAAAACGUUAAUUGCAUGAGUUCAACAAUUUCUAAACAUUCAUUUAGUCUUUUUUUGCUGGUAAGUCUACUUUCGUUUAGUUCCGCUUCUAUUUUCCACUGUCUUGACACCUUUUAGAACGCAACCAGUUCUCUCCCGAUCACUUCAACAUAUGAAAAAGAUGAAUUUGUGAGUUAGAGUAAUUCUGGAACGGUAACUACUCAGUGAUUUCGGACCCUUCUAUUGUGUGUUUUUCUCUGCAUGAACAACUCACUGAUUAGGUACGCUUCUCUCUUGAAAAGAGUUUAAUGCAAUGUAUACAAUCGGUAGCACGUGAGGUUGCAUAGAUGAGUACCUUCGUUAGCUUUGCUUUUAAGAAUUCAGAGAGCAAAAUGAUACAAAAUGCGGUAGGUCUAUCUGCUUUUGCUUUUGCAAACACGCACAUGCGCUAACUAGAGAAGCAACACUACGAAAUGUUGCGGUUCUCUGAUUAGCCCUAAUGAUUAUCCACCGCUUUCAGAAUGGCUUUUCCUCAUUCACUCAAAGAAGAUCUUUGAAAAAAUAUGUGUUGCAGGUUGAGAAAAGGAAGAUGAGACGCUUGUCCGAAAUGAUCUCGGAUUGGGAGCGUCCUUCCAGAAGCUCCAUAAGCAACAUGUACCUUUAUGCAAGACGAGAAAGUGUAUACAUUGCGAGGAAGAAAUUGGCGGGUCUAAAAGUAUGAGAACAUCACAACCUCAAAUGCAGAGUUCGACUUUCCAGGACUGGGCGUUGGAUUUACUUGCAAAGUUGAAGUCCAAGCAGGGAAUGGCUAUUCGGAGAGAAACACGUGCGACUAAGCUAGUGGCAACUGUUAUGGGUACGAAAAAUCAGACUUUUGAAGAGUCAUGUUUAUAUUCAGUUGUUUUCCUUGUGUGCUGGCUUCCGUUCUUCACGCUAAACAUGAUCAAGAUUUACAAACUCAUCUUCAACGUCUGGUCUGCUGACUUGGAAAUAUGGUUCCAUUGGUUCACAGCUCUUGGAUAUCUCAAUUCAUCACUCAAUUUCUUCAUCUAUUCCACUAUCAACCCUGUACUAUUUCUAAUUCUUUCGAAAUAUUAUAAGUUCUUUUUUUAGAAGUUCCGCCAUUCAUUCCGUCGUUUGCUCGGAUUCCGAAGGUCUUCGAGACGGCAACGAGAAAAGUCGUGGAUGUUGCCUCCGAGAGACAGUAGCAGGUUUGCUUCUUCGAUCCCAUUCAAAAAUAUUAGUUUUCAUAACAGAGGACCUGCAAAAUGUGGAUGCGGUUUCCAUAAAAUUGUGAAAAGUCCGUUGCGCAAAACAAGCUCCGCCGGGUAAGUACCCCUUUUGCAGCAGCUGACCUAAUCCGCAAUUCAGUUCUGAUACUUCCAGUUCUGGCCAGUCGUUCAGAAACAAAAUACUAAAAAGGUUCAGGAAAGCACUAGAAUAAGUGAUAGUCCUCUCGCAUGGGACCGUUAGUGGAUAGGGAUUGCUACUACUUUGCUUUUCAUCAUUAUCCACUUCUUUUCUCUUGCUCCGCAACUGAAUGUUAUCGAAGAAAUGCUUAGCAUGUUGACUGAUCAAAACUUUCUGCGCUCAAUUAUCAAGAGCGCAAAUUGAAGAUCACGUUUCAGACCAAUGAACAAUCGGAAAAUUUCAAUGCAAAAGCCGGAGAUUGUCAUCGACGAGAUUUCUCCGAAUCGGAUUUCAAUUUCAGCGGGUGGGAACACCACAUUUAGGUGAGAAGGCUACAGUUCUAGAGCUCUCAGGUUCACCCUCAAUAUUUUCGCAGAUUUAGCACUUCCAGACCCCAAUCAGUUUAGGUAGGUAGAGUUGACGUACUCUACAAUACUUCGUUGUGUUUAUAUUGUUUUUUCAAUCCGUGUUGAUAGAAACAAUGUUGCAAAUCUAUGAAACUGUUACGCAGAUAAUAAGAAUCGGUUUUAUGUUUUCAGGCGAUCGUCCGAUGAUUGCAUCCGAAGGUCUUCUUCUGAAAUCAUUGGAGGAAUCACACUUCCCUCAUCGAGUGGUAACGAGAAAAGAAGGUAAUUGAGGUUGGACGCGGCGGUCCCAAUUAGCUAUUAUACUUUCAGGGGUUCUGGUAUGUCGAACAGUUCGGCUUCACUUCAUAUUCACGAAACACGCAUGUCUUUUGAAGCUAUGGUCAACGAUCAAGUAGAUUGCGAAAUUUUUGUUUAA